AUGGCCUCUUUAAUUGGAAGUGCUAAAUUACCUUUUAAUAAUGAAGUUGAAUUAAUAUCAGAUGAAAUUGAAAAAGGAUUAAAUGAUUCAACAACAAUUAGAAAAUUUUUUGAAAAAAGGGCACAAAUAGAGGAAGAAUAUGCAAAGAAUUUACAAAAAUUAUGUAAAGCUACACCAAUUUUAUUGAAAUCAGGAGGUACAUCAGAUGCAUUUUCAAUGAUAGUAGAGAGUACUAAUCAAUUUUCAAAUCAUACAAUAUCAACAAUUCAAAGAUUUAAUCAAGAUGUUAAUGAUCCAUUAGCAGGGUUUAUAAAAGAUCUUAGAGGAGAGUUAAAACAAUACUCUUUGGAAGGUCAAAAUUUAGCAAAAGAGAGGAAACAGGCAUUCGAUUCAUUGAAAUCCUCGAAAGCAUUGUAUGAACAAAUGUGUAAUAAUCCUGAAUCUGAUGUAAUGAAAGUUCAACAAUCCGAAGAGGAAUAUAAACUUCAAGUACAAGCAUGUAAUCAAUAUCAUUCACUCUAUCAUCAAGAAAAGUUACCAAAGAUUCAAAAUGAAAUCAUUAGAUUAGAAACUGUUAGAAUGCAAAAAAUGAAAACAAAUCUAAAGAAAUACAUUACAGAAUUUGAAAGUAUACCACAAAAACAACAACAAUCAAUUAAAGAUUCUGAAGAAUUAAUAAAUUCAAUUGAUACAAAACAAGAUAUUCAAUCUUUUACAAACUUUAAUAAAACUUUAAAUACACCAACUCCAGAUUUUCAAUUUGAAUCAUGUGAAUCAAUUAAUGGUGGUGGCGGUGGUGCUGCUGGUAGAAAAUCAAAAAAGGGUGGUUGGAGACAAACCAUUUCUGUAUUAAAAAUUGGUAAUGCUUUUAUGAAAGAUGAUGGCACAAUUGUUAAUGGUAAUUCUUCUUUAAAUUCAAGUAGCAGUAAUAUAAAUAUUUUAAAUAAUCCUAUAGUUUUUAAAAUACCAAUUGAAGAGAUUAUGUUUAAACAAAAGUCAAAAUUCCCAAAUUUAGAUAUACCUUAUAUAUUGGUAUUAUUGGUUAAUCUUAUAAAGAAAUUAGAUAAUGGUAUGGGUAUGAAAACUGAAGGUAUCUUUAGAAUUCCUGGUCAUACUAGUGAAGUGAAUGCUUUGAAAAAGUUAAUUAAUGAACAAGGUGAAUAUCAAUUCCCACCUGACCUAUACUCAAUUCAUCCAAUUGCUUCACUUUUAAAACUUUGGUUACGUGAAAUGCCUCAACCAUUAAUUCCAAAUUACGUUUAUGAUAAAUCAUUAGAAUGUCAAUCAAUAGAAGAGUUUAUAGUUUUUUUCAAAUUUUUACCAGCUUCAAAUCAAAAGAUUAUCACUUAUUUAGCAGGUUUCUUAAAUGAAUUGGUUCAGCCAGAUAAUGUAGUCACUAGUAAAAUGAAUUUAGAUAAUGUUGCUAUGGUUUUCGCUCCUUCUUUCUUAAGAUGUGAUAGUCAAGAUAUGAUUUUAGCAAAUGUAGAUAGAGAGAAAACUUUAGUUAAAUUAAUAAUUGAAGGUUAUUUAAAAUUAUCUGAUGUUUGUCCAAUACAAUUGGAUGAUAUUGAUUCAAAAAUUCAAAUUCCAUCAUUUAGUAAUAAUAAUAAUAAUUCUACAACAACAACUACAACAACUACAACUACAACAGUACCAUCAUCAACUUCAACAAAUAUAACAACUAAUGGUGCCUCGGCACUAGGUGCUGAAAGUUCAACAACACCUUUACCAUCAUUAACAACUUUUUCACAAUCACAAUCUAGUUCACCACCAAAUCAACCAUCACCAUCUAUAACUCCACAACAAGUUUCAAAUUUACCACCAUCAUAUCAACCACCACAACCACCACCGACCAUGGCACCACCACCAUUAUUUAAUAUUCCACAACAACAACAACAGCAACAAGUAACAAAUAACAACAACAGUGGAGGUUAUACACCACCACCAUUACAAUAUACCCAAUCUUCUUCAAAUUUACCACCAAUUCAAUUAGGUGUAACUAAUUCACCUUCAAAACCACAAUUAUCAGAUAAACAAAAGGAAAAAGAAAAAGAAAAAGAAAAAGAAAAAGAAAAAGAAAAGGAAAGAGAAAAAGAAAAAGAAAAAGAAAAAGAAAAAGAAAAAGAAAAGGAAAAAGAAAAAGAAAAGAAGGGACAUAAAAAGUCAUCAUCAUCAACAUCACCAAAUUCUUCCAGUUUAUCAAUUUCAAACUUUUUAUCAAGUAACAAGGAUAAGGAUAAAGAAAAAGAUAAAGAAAAAGAAAAAGAAAAAGAAAAAGAAAAAGAUAAAGAAAUAUUAGCGACUAAUUCAACACCAGAAAAACCAGUUUCAAAUCGUAUGUCAUUAAUAUUUAGUCAACAAUUACAACAACAAUUACAGCAACAGAUUCAACAACAUCAACAAUUACAACAACAAAGUAAUGGGUCACCAACAUCACCAAUUUCACCUUCAUCUGCAAAUAAUUCACCAUCAAUGUCGCCAAGUAUGGUGAAAAGAACAAUUCGCCCAAAUUUACCACCACUUCAAUCUGGUACAUCUGCCACAACUUCAUCUUCUUCUUUAACUUCAUCAUCUUCACCAACUCUCACAUCUUCAAAAGACAAUAUUCAAAAACAACAAUUACCUGAACUAAACCAACAACAACAACAACAAUCACCUCAAGCCGAACUUAAAUCAUCAGGUAUUAAAAGCUUAUUACAAAGAGUCCCUCCACCACCAUCACAAAGUUAA